GGUCAAACCUGAAUCGAACUUCACAACAGAAGCCCGGCGCGUUGAAGGCGGAUAUCACCGACGUGUCGUCAUUGCUGACUUAUCUGUAAUCAACCCAACCCACGCUCACCGUUUUCACGCAGACAUGGCCGGUUUACCGCCCGGAGACCCGCAGCUAGUCUCCAUGAUCGUCAACCACUUAAAGACACAGGGGCUCUUCGACCAGUUCAGGAGGGACUGCCUGGCAGACGUGGACACAAAGCCAGCUUACUUGAACCUGAAACAAAGAGUGGACAACUUUGUCUCAAAUCACCUUUCUAACCACACAUGGAGCCCUCAUCUGAACAAGAACCAGCUGAGAAACAACAUCAGGCAACUUGUGCUGCAAUCUGGGAUGCUGGAGCAGGGAGUGGACAGGAUCGUGGCCCAAGUGGUGGAUCCCAAAAUCAACCAUACCUUCAGGCCGCAGGUGGAGAGGGUGGUGCGGGAAUUUCUGUCACCUGGCAGCUGCUCCGAGGAGCCGCUGCCACCGCUGCCUCCAACAGAGACCAAACCAGACAUCAGCAUUCCUGAGCAAGCCUCGUCGUCUGCUCCAGCUACCACGUCUGCCAGCGACGCCAUGUCCAUCCUGGACACCAUAACCUCUCUCAACCAGGAGGCCAGCGUCAGGGCCAGCUCGGAUAAAGGACGUAGAGGCCAAGAUGAGCCCAUGCAGCUGGUGGAGGAAGGCGAGCAGGACAUGAGUUUUAGUGAUGAAGGAGACAGCCAACAUGACGGGAGGAUACUGGAAGAGGGAGAGGAGCUGGCAGCAGAAGUCCAGGCGUUGGAAGUGAAGACGGAGGACACUCAGGAACACAUGGAUCUGGGAAAAGAGGGGUUAAUAGAGGAGGUGAAGAUGGAGGAAGAUGAGUCAGGAGCUCAGGAGCAGACAGAAGAGGAGAAAGAAAGAGCCGCCGGCCAAACAACAGGAAAACCAACGGAAGAGAAGCAGGAUGAUGAUCUGCUGAAAUCUACGAGUCAGGCCAAGCAGAAAGCCAGAGAGAGGAUAAAGGAAGAAUACUUUCUGGAGGACUCUGACCUUGACGGCCUGAGUGACAUCACAGUGAGCUCCGUCCACACCAGCGACCUGUCGUCAUUCGAGGAACAAAGUGAAGACGAUGAGCUGCAGUCUGAUUCUUCUGAGGAGGGGGAACUUCCAUCAGAUCAAGAUGAGGGAGCAGAAAAGAAAGCCAGUGGAGACACAGAAGAGCGUAAACCUCGCCGCAAGGCUUACGUUCAUAAGCCCUUCCUCUACUCCCGUUACUAUAGCGACUCAGAUGAUGAAAUCACUGUGGAAGAACGUCGUAGAAGUGCGGCAAAGGACAAAGAGGAAAGGCUGCUCAAGAGACAGCAGAACAGAGAGCGAAUGGAAGAGAAGCGUAAGCAGAAAGCAGCGCAGGUUGAAGAACAAGAUCACAAAAAACAAAAGAGCGGAGACUCAGCUGGGCUGGACGGCCCCAGAGCCAAAGAGGCUCGCAAAGAAAGAAAAGUUCUGGAGAAAAAAAUGGCUCUUAACAGGAAGAGGAAGUUAGACUCAAGGAAAGAGGGAGAUGUUUCAAGCAAAAAGAGAGGAGAAGCAGAAGGAUCCAAGAAGGCGGAAGUGAAAUCUACAGCUUCAAAGCCCCCACAACCGAAAUUGAUAAGAAAUAUGUCAGAAUCAGCAUUGUCUGAUGAGAGGCACAGAAGGACGAGCGGCAGCGUCUCAGAAGACUCCAGUGAAACCAAAAAGCUGUCUGAAAAAGGCCGGACCCACUCCUUCAUCCUGGAGUUGGAGCAGGGUUCCCAAGAGGGUCUCAAACAGCGCACAGUUGGGAAAUUUGAUCGGUUUUCCCGAAGAGAACUUCACUUUAAAGAACGCAAAGAGAAAGAACGCAGCUUGUCAGAUGAACACGCCAAACUCAAACAAAAGCAGGAGAAAAAAUCUGAACAUCCGGCGGAUGAAUCUCAGCAGAAGGAAGGUGCUGCUGUUAAAGUGACCUCUGAGGAGAAAGGUGAGAAGAAGUUUAAGAUUAAAAGUGAGAAGAAGACGGCUGCAACCACAAGAGAAGGAAAGUCGUCUCUGUCAGAAGGUGUGGCAGACGAGGGUCCUAAAGAUGCUACUGUCAAGAAGUCAAAAGCUCCAUCUGUGGAGACUGUCAAAGCAGAGAAGGACAAAAAUAGGGAAAAGGAGAAAGAUAAGGAUAAGAGCAAAGAAAAGGCCAAAGGAGAGAAAACAUCAGCAAAAAGUGAUUUCAAGCAGCUGCUCCGUCUUGAUUCUGCCUGCUCAUCCGAGGACCGGCCUGACAUGGAGCCCGGGGCCGACAGCAUCAAGAAGAAGGAUAAACACUCCAAGGAAGUCCUGAAAAGGUCAAAGAGCCACAGUGAGGAUAGGACAGGAGACAAACCCAAAUCUAAAACUGACAGUAAAGACAGCGAGAAGGAAAAGACGAAAGCAGAUCAAGACCAGAAAUCCAACAAGUCCAGCUCUGAAAUUGACAAAGAGCCAAAAAAAGCAAAGCCAAUAGAUAAAGGAAGAAUCCUGGAAAAAUCAAAAUCAAAAUCCAAAGAGGAAACAAAGACGUUAUUGUUAUCAAAGCCGGAUAGUAAAGUUCAGAGUUCAGAAGUCAAAAGUGCAGGAGGCGCUUCCAUCGGCAAACCUGAGACAACAAAGGAGAAAAAGAAAGAGGGAAAUGCAAAGGAACAGCGGAAAGUCUCAGAGGAACCUCUCCUUGAGAAAUCCGAUAAUAAGAAUGCCAAGAAAAAAACUGAAAAAAAGGAUAAAGCCCCAGAGAAGAAAGAUGAUAGCCAAGAGGAGAAGAAAACGCCCCGAGAAGACAAACUGGAAAAGUCUGAUAAAUCUUCAAAGUCGUCAGUUUCCUCACUUGACGCAGAGGAGCAGCCGAAGAAACGCUCUCUCCUCCAAGACACGAGCACCGACUCCGACCCCGUCACCACCACCGUCGCCAGCUCCUUCUCCGACGACACAUGUGACGCACUAAGCGACAUCACCCCUGAGCCACCGGAGGGCGAAACGGAGUCGCAGCUGAGCGAGACGCCAGCUCUGCCGGCCGAGGCCGACGCUCUGCUGGCUCUCAUGGACGUUUGUGCCUCAGAAGAGGCGAGACUUCCUCCUGAGAGCAGUCGGGAGGAUGCGAAGCCCGAGAUGACUCUGCAGGACGCUGAUUUGAAGAUGAAAGAGGCCGCUCUGACUCUGCUCUCCAUGGAUCCCGAAAGUACAGUGUCCUCCGCCCUAAUUUGCCAAGACGCCAGGAAAGACCCAGAUGUGAACCAGACUUCCCCUCAACUGAUUGAAACCACUGCAGCUGAAGAAGAGAAGCCUCCUAUGGAUGUGCAAACAGCUGCUGAAGCUGAGUUUACAGCCUCGGAGCCGUCACCUGUUGCAUCUCAACAAACUGUCGAUGAAAAACCAAACACGUCAGAUGCGUCUGCAAAAUCAGAGAAAGAAAUGGAUGUGGCAAAAAAAAUGUCUGAGUCUCUGGCUCCACAGGAGGAGGACACCACCUCAAAUGACCGUCAGGCUCUUUUAAAUGAAGAUGAAGCCAAAUGUGCAGAGAUUGCUCCUGAAUCACAGCCAGAUGGAAACACGGCACCGCCAGCAGCAGCUGGCGAAGAAGCUGCUGGUGCUGUUGUGUCGGACGCUGAAGUGGAAGGGAACACAGAUAAAAGCACAAUUGCAGUUGCUUCUGAAACCACUGAACCAGGCUCAGAAAUGACCACUAAACAAGAGCAAACUGAGCCAGAGGCUACAGACACAAAGACGAGCCCAAAGGCAGAGGAAGGGGCAUCUGAGGACAACCAGGCCAAGAUGGACGUAGAUAACCGUGAAGCUGAGAGUAAGACAGUGGAGGAAGAAAAUGCUGCAACGGAGAAGAGUGAUCCACAACCUAUGGAACAAACUGUCCCGCAGAAGACAGAGGAGAUCAAAGAAAGUGGAUCUGAGAGUCAGUCCAAGCUGGUCAAACAAAUCAGUAAUGUCUCCAGUGCAGACAGCCAGGAAAAUGAGAAGGGAUCAGAUCUGUCAGAAAAGGAAGAGAAGACGGAGGGACGAGGAAGACGUAAACGGAAGCUGUCCACUCAGAAAGCUGCAGCAGUGAAAGAAUCUGGUGACGAGAGGGAUGAAAAGGAAAGUAAAGAGCAACCGUCUGCUGAGGAGAAGGUUGUGGAGGUCAGAACACCACGCAGGGGUCGGUCAUCCAAAACCACAGUGGAGGCAGAGAAGGACCAACCUAAAGAGCCUGAGACAUUAGAGGAAACUUCAAGCUGCUCAGAAAAACAUUCAGAAGUUGCUGCCAAAGAGGCCACUGCUGAUAAUCAGAAGAAGGAUGAGAAGCAGGACAAGGAGAGCACCGAAACAGAAGAGAGAACUGAGGAGGAAAGUGGACCAAAGAAAAUCGCACAGCAAGGAAGUGAAGUCAAUCCACCGUCUCCUGUUCCAGAAGACACUGAAGCUGCAGGCGGCUCGGACUCUAAAGAGACCACUGACACACGUAAACCAGCAAUGAAGAGGAAGAGAUCAGAGGAAAUGGAGGAAUCUGUGGAGGCUGAAGAGGAGGUAAAGAAGGACGACAGUCAACAGGAACAAAGUGAUCAACAACCUGAUAGUGGUGAUAAAAAGGACAAAAACUGCAGAAGUGUCUUAAUAACAUAUUGA